AUGAACGCAGCCCGGCAGGCGUGUCGCCCUAAGCACCAGGUCCUCGUGCUCAAAUGCUAUCCCAAGUUCCAGAAGAACAAUGCGGAUGUCCGGGCCAAUUCGAGCGAGUUGAGCUACCUGCUCUACUACGCGAGCACGCGGCGCAGCAAGCUGCAGAAAGUGGGCGACUUUCUGGAUAAGAGGGCGACCAAGGAGGUGUGGAAGGGCAGCACAGGCAGUGUCCAGGUCACGCUGCAGAUAGUCAGGGCCCUCAUCGAGAAAUGCCCCCGCGACCUCCCCCUCUACGCCGCCGCUGUGCUGCGCAUCCUGCGCACCAUACUCACUUCGAACGAUGUCACCAUGGUCGAGGAAUCGGUGCCGACUUUCGAAGCACUGUGCGCGCACCAAGACCCCGCCUCCCUCGCUGCCGACCAGGACUACAUCAAGCAAUACGAGGAGAUUGUGCAGUUGUACGCCCAAUUCGCGUCCAAGGACACGGUCAAGACUGGGAAGGCACCCAUCAGCUGGCCCGUCGCCAUCCGCUACCGCAAAGCUGGUCUACAGGCGCUGAAGGCUGUUGCUUCGUCGGAAUCGCUCGGAUCCGAGACAGGCCGUCAAUUGGCCGUCAUCAUACCCGUUAUCCUGCUCAGCAUACACUCGGAGAGCGGCGCAUACGUCAAGCGACUGGAGAUUCGCGAGUCCGAGAAAGACGAGCACGAGAAGGAGCUAGCACUACGGCGGCGGCACAGUGUACAAACAGCGCGUACCGAAGACGAUGAUGGUGGUGACCCGCUCGCAGCAUCAGGGACUACAGAGGAUGCCGACAAGCUCGCGGAAGAAGAGGUUGGCGUGCUUGCGCUCCAGGCGCUGAGGAACAUCUUCCAGGGCGUCAACCGAGGACAGCUUCGGUUGGCAACAUCAGCGGUCCUGAAGUUUGUGGGCACCCAUGUGCAGGCUCCGCAACAUCCUAUAGGAAACGAUAGCGAUAAUUGGGCCACAACCCUCAUGGCCGUCAUUUGCGCAUGGGCGCCAGUGCAGGAUCGGUAUGCCAUUCUCGUUGGCGCCGUGGAAGCUCUCGUGCGCAGUCCUAUCGUCGAAGACGACCUUGAAAGGCAGCUCGUCUUGGCCACAGUCAUCGACCAUCUUCUCUCCUCCACCAUCAAUUUCAUUGGACUCAGUGUGAUGGAUGUCCUCGUUGGGCUUAUUUCUCACACAUUAUUACUCCUACAACUUGGCGGGCCGGGAUCGAACAUAAUGCCGCAUCAUCAGCAGACGACAUCAGUGCUAACCGAAAAAGAUCUCGGCGGGCAAACGCCAUCAAACAACCUGUCAGGCGUAGUUAUGGAGUUCGUGAAGGAGCCUUCAAACCUAAGAUUUCAAUUGUUGAACACAGUGCAAAGAUGCAUGGCAGACCUGGCGACGCACGUGUACUACACCGAUCAAAUAUCAGAUAUGGUGGGAGCGAUCCUAAGCCGCCUCAAACCCUCUCGGCUGUCGAGUGUUUCCUCAACUGCGGAAGCUAUUGAAAAUCCGGCAGGCGCUAUAGAUGCGGUCGCCGAUUCGAUCAGCAUGCAAGAAAAGACACACGUCGAUCGUUUCUUCUCUUUUGAAACCGCGCGAAUUGUAGCUCUUGAGUCGGUCAAGGCUAUCAUCAAGACUGCGAACGCUCGGCGGCCAGACGGGUCUUCUGCAUCUGUGUCGGGAAGUAAAGUAAGUGUCACCGUGUGGGAAGGUACACAAUGGCUUCUGCGCGAUCCGAGUGGCAAGGUCAGAAAAGCAUAUGUGGAUGCGCUGAUUACCUGGCUGAACUCGGAGAAGAAGAAGCAGGACCUCAAGAUUGUGGACAAUUAUAGGAAAAAGGAAAAGGACAGUGACAAGGGCGGUCUAGCAAGACGCGCCGUGUCGAAUGCAUCGCCACGAGAAAAGUCGUCCAAGCCAGGCAAGCACAGCACGUUUUUGCCUCUUCUGCAUCUGGCUGUCUACGAGAACGCUCUCUACUACGUCGACUCGGAGGCGGACUACCUACUACUACAUCUACUCCUCACGACCCUAGUAGAUAGCCUCGGCGUGAACGCUGCCAGAAGCGGACUACCCAUGAUCAUGCGCCUACAAGAGGAUAUCGCAACCAUAGAUGAACCCGGCACGAAAAUACGGAUAGGCUCUCUGGUGCAUGGCCAUCUUUUGGCUCUUAGCAUGUCUCUAGACUUCGAGACAUCUUCCGUCGGUCGGGCACUCCACAAUGAGAUUACGCGGAGAAACAGCAAAGGCCUCCUACCUACCGAAAUCGUGCAAUCCGAAGCCCUAAACCCCUUUGACAACCGCGAAGCUCUCGUUGAAAAGAUCUCGGAAGGUUAUUCGUCUUCCUUGUACUCGCCACCCUCAUCUCCGCCUGGUUCACCUGGGCGAUCUAUGUCUAUGUCUUCCUCGAUACCCGUCAUUCACCAACCAAUGGCUCUCAAAGCUGCGCCUCAAUUACCCUACAAAGUCAGAGAAGAGCUUCUUGCCGACUGGACACGCGAUCUCUGUCUCGCUGCCAAUACCAUAGACUCCUCGUCCGCUUCAAUGACGGGUUCCAGAUCGGGUACGCAGUACACUGGAACGCAAAGGAACAACUACCUCGGCGUCAACAUACCUAAUGGUACUUUAGACAGUGCAAGCAACUCCCCACUUCCAAGUCCAAGACGCGCGAGCAGCAGGCCGCCAACUACUGCCUACGGUUUGGUUGGUCGCCUUGCGUCUCCGCAUCGGGACCACAGCCCUAGCGGAACACCAGGUAGCACCUCGUCUCGACGCUCAACUGUGCGCGUCGACGACCUCAAGCGCGCUCUUUCUACCUCUGGUGGAGGACCCCCUCGAACAAGCUACUCUGUACGCGCGCCAUCUCACCACCGCCGCAAAUCGUCUGACGACCAUGAUUCCUCGGCCUCGGACUCUUUAGUUAGCGUGCACUCCCUUUCCGACGCGUCGUUCCUCACUGCAGAUCGCGCCAUAAACCCACGGCUGUCCCAACAACUAAUGGCUCCGGACUCACCAACCACGCCUGCGGCGACCCUGACUCCCCGCCCGCAAACUGCGGCCUCGACGAAUAUGAACAGUCCACCGAGCCCGCGCUCCCCGACCCAUGCGCAAACUGCGAGGGAAUCAGCGUAUUCGAUGGAAGAUGUGCCGCCUGUCCCUCCCAUUCCUGAGAAUCUAAGGGCCAGUCCGACUGAGCAGCAGAGUGAUACGCGGGACUUUGCACGACCGAAGACUGCUCCAAAUGGGAGUGCCAUGAAGAAGAGUAGGAGUGUAAAGAGCGGAGUCAGUAGAGGGCGUAGUCGUAGUGGGAACAGGAGACAUAGAGGCAGUGAGGUGCAAGCCAAGACGCCUGACUUUUCUGGCUUCCUAGACAGUAUAGGUGUCGACGAUGACGACGAGGGGGAUGACGUUGACUUGGAAGUGCCCCACGCUAUUGGAAAGGCUCCCUAUUGA